UCCUGGAGUUCCGGAGUCGAGUCGCUGCCGGGGCUGGAACGGAGAUGCAGCCGCCCUCCCGAAAAGUGAAGCCGGCCCAGGAGGUGAAGCUUCGCUUCCUGGAGCAGCUGAGCAUCCUUCAGGCUCGGCAGCAGCGGGAGGCGGAUCUGCUGGAGGACAUCAGAUCCUACAGCAAGCAGAGGGCAGCCAUUGAACGGGAGUAUGGGCAGGCACUCCAGAAACUGGCUGGGCCAUUCCUGAAGAGGGAAGGGUACCGGAGCGGAGAGAUAGACAGCAGGUGGAACCCACGGAGGGGGAGGGCAAGGGACCAAGAAGGGAUGAAACGCUCAACCCCAGGGACCUGUGGGGAUGAAGGCCCACUCUCCACACAAUCGGCCCAGUACUCCCAGCAGCUGAAAAUGGCCCGCAAUGAGUACCUGCUCAACUUGGUGUCCACCAAUGCCCACCUUGAACACUACUACCAGGAGGAACUGCCCGCGCUGCUCAAGGCCCUGGUCAGCGAGCUGUCGGAACAUUUGAGGGACCCCCUGACCUUAUUGAGCCGCACAGAGCUGGAAGCAGCAGAGAUGGCCCUGGAGCAUGCCCGCCGUGGAGCACAGGCAACCUCCCAGGUAAGCUGGGAGCAGGAUCUGAAGCUCUUUCUUCAAGACCCCGAGGUAUUUUCCCCCAUACCACCUCAGAAGUUUCAGCCCGCAGGGAAUGACCAGGUAUGUGCCUUGGAGCUGGAGGGGGUUACUGGAGGUGUGGCUGGGGAGAGUGACCUGGAGAAAGAGGUUCAGCGCUGGACGAGUCGAGCUGCCCGAGACUACAAGAUCCAGAACCACGGGCUUCGGGUGCUGCAGCGGCUGGAGCAGAGGCGGCAGCAGGCUCCAGAGCGGGAGGCUCUGAGCAUAGAGCAACGGCUGCAUGAAGUAAGGCAGAGCAUCCUGCGGGCACAGGUGAGCCAGGUGAAGGGGGGUGCCCGGCUGGCCCUGCUGCAGGAGGCUGGCCUGGAUGUACAGCACUGGCUGAAGCCAGCCAUGACCCAGGCCCAGGACGAGGUGGAGCAGGAGCAGCGGCUCAGCGAGGCCCGGCUCUCCCAGAGGGACCUCUCUCCCACGGCUGAGGAUGCUGAGCUCUCUGACUUUGAGGAUUGUGAGGAGACUGGAGAGCUCUUUGAGGAGCCUGUCCCCCCAGCCCUGGCUACCAGACCCUUCCCCUGCCCCGCACAUGUGGUGUUUGGCUAUCAGGCAGGACAUGAGGAUGAGCUGACUAUCACAGAAGGCGAGUGGCUGGAGGUCCUAGAGGAGGGAGAUGCCGACGAAUGGGUCAAGGCUCGGAACCAACACAGCGAAGUAGGCUUUGUUCCUGAGCGCUAUCUCAACUUUCCCGACCUCUCCUUCCCUGAGAGCGGCCACGACAGCAGCAUGCCCUUAGGGGCAGAGCCCACAGCAUUUCUGGCUCGUGCCCUGUACAGCUACACGGGACAGAGCGCAGAGGAGCUGAGCUUCCCUGAGGGGGCACUCAUCCGCCUGCUGCCCCGGGCCCAGGAUGGAGUGGAUGACGGCUUCUGGAGGGGAGAAUUUGGGGGCCAUGUUGGGGUCUUCCCCUCCCUGCUGGUGGAGGAGCUGCUUGGUCCCCUAGGGCCUUCUGAGUCUUCAGACCCUGAACAGAUGCUGCCAUCCCCUUCUCCUCCCAGCUUCUCCCCUCCUGCACCCACCUCUGCCUUGGAUGGGGCCCCUGCACCUGUCCUGUCUGGGGACCAAGACCUGGACUGCCCUGGACCCCUGGACAUGAUGGCGCCUCGACUCAGGCCGAUGCGUCCACCGCCUCCCCCACCAGCUAAAGCCCCAGAUCCUGGCCGUCCAGAUCCCCUCACCUGAAGCCAGGGGUACUACUGCCCCCAGAGAUGCUGCUGCUGCCCUGUCUCCGUGCUGUCAGAGACCACCCUUCAGUGAUCCGGAGUGACACAGCCAGAAGCUGGAAUCCCCCCCAUUUCUGCUCUUAUCUCCAGGGGUAGAAACUGCCCCUUUCCCAAUUCUGGGUCUGGGACUCCUCCUUUUCCCCACAUUGUCCGUUCUCUUCCUGUCUCUAGGGCUUGAACUACCCCUUUCUUUUUUACCACCACUCCAGCUCUAGAGUGGUGAAAUACCCUGAAAUCUCUGGGGCUGGACCCCAUCCCCCAAAGUCUUGAGUGGCUCUGGAUAGUCUGUCUCCACCCUGGCUCUGUGACCCACCCCACUCCAGAUGCCAGGACCACAGGGGUUGGGGGCUGGGACGGGGCGGACCUGUCAGAAGGAGUUGGAGCCAUUAUGUGAAACAACUGUAGUGGUCUGAGCAGAUUUAUUGACAGUGAAUAAAGGGCAGGGGGCCUAAGGUGCUAUUGCUUUAGGGGGCCUGAUCCCAGUUGCCACACUCUAGCAUAUGGAGCGAGGUGAUGGGGAACGUGGGUCAGGCAGCCUGUUGGCAGGCAAGGAAAGGGGACUGAGGGCCAGGGAUGGGAGUGGGGGUGGGGGUGCCUUCUCCCAAUGUCCUCCAGGCUGAGACGGAUUAGGACCGGUCCCUCAGCUGGGGGCAGUGCUGUCCAGUGGAAAGGAGGGGCUUCAUGGCCACCCAGCCCCUGGCUCUGCAACUGGUAGUUCUUCGGCAAUGAAGGAGGAGGCUUGGGGAAGAGGAAGGGUAAUAGUGUUGCCUCCCAGUAAAGCUGUAUUCCAGCUUUCCCCUGGAGGCUGUGGCACCUUCCCUAUUCCCUGGAGCACAUGCCUGGUUCCCACCACCAAACCAAAGACUAUGUAGCAAAGGAAAAGCCUGCAGUUUACCUUGGGGGGUACGGGCAGCCAGCCAAUGGGCUUAAGUAGUGUAAGUAGGGGGUGGGAGGAUGAGAUUAUCUGACUUGAAGCCCAGGCACACUUACCUCACACACCUUUUGCUCCCCGUGCUGGAGACACCUGAGUGAGAGGAGGGGUCAACAGUAGAAUAGGAUGUGAGUCCUAUCAGUGCACCCCAUCCCCAGAGUAAAGGGCAGUAAGAGCUCAGCCCACCACAGCCCUGGCCAUGUCUUCAUACCUGGUGAUCUGAUGUGUCCGGUUUGUUUGGCUGCCCAUUGGCCUCUUGACUGGCCAGCCCUGGGCUUGGGCCCCUCCCUCCAGCCGCCAGCGGUGACUCUGCAGAGGCUCCAGGGUUCCCUCCAAGUGCACAAGGGACUAGGGUGCUGUCCCUGAGUCCAUUCUGCACUGCGGGGCUGGCAAGGGCCUGGGGCUGUGGCCUCUCAGGGGGCAGGCUUUCAAUGGCUGGCAUCCCUGCCCUGGACUGCCCUUCCCCAGACCCUUGGCUGCCCCCUGGGUCCUGCCCCCCACCAGACCCCAAGCUCCUGUCUGUGGGGGAGCCAUCAUGAUGCUCAUGCAGUCCAUAGCGCCUCUCAAUGUGUGUCACCCGGAACCUGGGAGGGAAGGGAACACUGGGUCUUAGGGUCACAGCUCUGGGGCUGCUUGGCCCUCCCCUCCAACCAGGGAUAUCUUUGGUUUGAUGGCCACUUCCCUCUAGCCUCGGGCAGCGGAGAUGUCAGAUUGUGGGGCAUACUGUAUAACCUACUCUUGCUGUAGGUCACAAUCCAGGAGUAGAGAGGUGGGGCCCACCUUUGGAGUCAGGAUCCCCCACCUCAACCUCCCCCCUGCGGCACUCUAUCCCCACCUGCCCACAGAGAAAACGGUGGUCUCCCCAGGCCGGGCACGGCUCUUUCCUUCCUUGGAGCGUCCCUGACGGACAAGUGGGGGCCUCUUGUUGCGGCUGCAGUGGAUGCAAGGGGCUGCAGAGCCCAGGUGCACUGUGUGAUGAUGGGAGGGGGCUCCAUCCUGCAGGCUGGAAGUGGCAUCCACGCUGGACAGUAGAGAGGAAGGGAGCAGGGGUGACAUUUCCAUUUCUCUUCCUGUUCUGUUUGUUCCUGUUCUUUUAGCGUGCUCCUUAAGCCUCCAGAUGCCCACUUUCCCCAGGCCCCAACAUUCUUUUCUGUCUUUAUCCAAUAAACUCAAUAUUAAGACGGUA